AUGACGAGCAAUGAGGGAAAGGAGCUGGAUGUCCUGCUUGGCUACUUUCUGGAACAUUCCUACUCUUCUGUGGACAAGGAGGCCAGGAUGUCAGUUCUCCAGGGAGAGCUGGAACCUUCCAUGGAAGGAGGCUUCCUGCAGAGCUUCCGGGGUCCCGCCCCACGUUUUGGCCCCCAGUCCUUGCCUCUCUGCCGCCUCAGUAUCAGGGGUCAGACAGGAAAGCCCCCCGGGAAUCCCCGGGAGUCAAAGGAGGAGGGGCGGAGAAACAGGGUCGUGGCGGCGGGAAGUUGCCAGGGACACUAUUAUAACUGCUUCCCACCCCAGCAGCAGCACAGAGAGAACAAGCAUGGGGCAGGGUCUGGCCCUCUGCUGGUGCUGGCCUGGGGCUCCUCCCGCCAGGUCGCGGUCCCCCUUGUGGAGCCCACCAAGCCUGUGGUGGUUGUGGCCAUGGGUGGAUCGUGCCAGCUCACCUGCAGCCUGUCUUGCAAGGAUGGUGAGGUGGCUACAGUACAGUGGCGAGGACUGGACACCAGACUGGGUGCUGUGCAGUCCAGCGCGGGCAACAGCGUACUCUCCAUACACCAAGCUGCACUGUCAGACACAGGCACGAGAGUGUGUGUGGGCUCCUGUGGGGGCCGCCACAACUUCCAGCACUCUGUGCAGAUCCUCGUGUAUGCCUUCCCGGACCAGCUGGUUGUGUCCCCAACGGCCCUGGUGCUUGGACAGGACCAAGAAGUGUCUUGCACAGCCCAUAAUGUCACACCUGCAGGCCAGGACACCCUGUCCUUCACCCUGCUCCUAGGGGACCAGGAACUGGAGGGUGUCCAGGUUCUGGGCCGGAAGGAGGAGGAGGAGCCCCAGGAGGUGGAGGACCCACUGUUCCAAGUAACAAAGCGCUGGCUGCUACCGGCCCUGGGGUCCCCUGCUCCCCCUGUCCUCUUCUGCCAGGCCACCAUGAGGCUGCCCGGCCUGGAGAUGAGCCACUACCGGGCCCUUCCAGUCCUGCACAGCCAGACAUCACCAAAGCCUCCCAACGUGACUUCACCAGACACCCCAAAUGCCAUCUCCAUGGAGUCACCUGAUGCUGUCUCCAUGGAGCCUCCCAACAUGACUUCACCAGACACCCUGAAUGCCAUCUCCACAGAGCCUCCCAACACCACCUCCCUACUGGCCACCAUGCAGCAGAGCUCCACACACAACCCCAGAAUUCUCAGCACCUCUGGGACUUGCCACCCUGAGAUACACCAGGCACCGGGGCCAGCAGAGAAAGAAACUGGCUGGGAGCUACUGUGUGAGGCGCCCUGUGGCCCUGGCAUGGCUGUGCGCUGGACCCUGGCUCCUGGGGGCCUGGAAGCCUAUGAAAGGAGGGAGGCUGGGGCCCAGGCAUGGCUCAGUGUGCCACCAGAUGGUUUAAUCCCUGAGGGCUGGUUCCAGUGUCGCCUGGACCCGGGCGGCCAGGUAGCCAGCCUGUAUGUGCCUGGCCAGGUCCCUGAGGUUGUCCAGCCAACCGCUGCCCUAUGGAUGGGCAGCUUGGUGCUGGGGCUGCUCCUGCUGGCACUCCUCACCUAUUCCCUGUGGAAACGCUGGAGGCCAUCAGCCGAGGACCAUACUCACCUGCCUACUCCUCUGCGGCUGCUGCCUUUGACGGACUAAAGGGAACAAGCAGGCCACCUCUCCCUGCACCCAGCUGCAGGGCUCUAGACAGCGAGAAGACUGAUCAUGGGCCCCUUCCCUGGUGAUCAACAUGUCUGCAAGACGGCUGGGCCAGUCUUGCAAGCAUAUCCA